AUGCACCCAGCAGGUUAUAGAGCAGGUAGGGAGAUCAGUAAACGUAUGCGUAUGGAUACGGUUCCCGACCUGGUGAGCGACAACUCAGACACAGACGACGAUAUGAGCAACUAUACCUACGAGAGUGCCUACGUGCACAAUUACACAGAAAUCAAUAGCGAGCGGACCCAGAUUUUGAACUUGGUUGUGCAAAUUGUGAGCGAGACCAUUUCGCUCCGCCACGGCACCAGCCAGGCUUCGCUGCAGAGGUUCAUACAACGCAUUUUGGAGCGCUCAGGGAUGGGGAUGACUGGAUUUUUGAGGGGAAUUGCUAUUUUACAAAGGUCGACGUCUUCAGAAGGCAUCUUUCAGCAGAUAUUGUAUUCCAUGAUGCUUUCGAACGGUCUCCCGCAGGAUUACAACGGAUGGUCAAGGAUAAGUGGGAUCAGCAGCAAUCGACUCCAGGCUGAGGUCCAUGCGUUUGCGUCCCAGCUGGGCGAUUUAGCUGUGGACGACGAACAGGUUUGGAAGCUCAACCAGAGCAUUAAGAGUGAGGUUUUAAACUUGGAGCAACUGGAAAAAAUCGGCGUUUUUUACAGACAUUUCGAGACUGUGGAAGAGGUCGACGUUGUGGCCAAAGAACGCAACUACAAGAACAGAGACGAGAUUGUCCUUUCAGAAGCGACUUUUCCUGGCGGACCACAAGCGCUGCAAGCCAAGCUGGAGGUUUUCUACAAAGAACAUCUCCACGAGGACGAGGAGAUCCGGUACAUAUUGGAUGGUGAGGGCUAUUUCGAUGUGAGAGAUGACAACGACAGAUGGAUCCGUGCAAAGCUGACCAAAGGUGAUCUUCUGAUUCUUCCUGCAGGCAUCUACCAUCGGUUCACCCUGUCUAGUUCCAAGCACGUCAAGGCUCUGAGAUUGUUCAAGGACGAGCCCAAAUGGGUGGCUCUUGACCGCGGAACCGACCAGGCCGAGUCGAGCUUUUCGAGGACUGAGUACCUUCGCAGUGUGAGCGUCAACUAG